AUGUUCUACUCAGAAGUCUUCCAAUCGCGGCGAGGGCCGCUCGGCAGAGUAUGGCUCGCAGCCCACAUGGAGCGGAAACUCUCUAAAACCCAGACCCUGCAAACAGAUAUAGCGGAGUCCGUAGAUGCGAUUAUGGGCGAGGAGGUAGAGUUCAUGGCGUUGAGAGUUAGCGGUCAACUUCUUUUGGGGGUCGUGCGGAUCUAUAGUCGUAAAGCCAAAUACUUGCUCGAUGACUGCAACGAAGCCCUUCUAAAGAUCAAAUUGGCAUUUCGCCCAGGUGUUGUAGACAUGAACGAAGAGCAGCUCGUUGCGAACCGGAAUGCGAUCACUAUACAGAGCAACGACUUUCCUGACCUGGACUUAUUCAUACCCGAUAUCAACUGGCAACAAGACUUUGAAGAACGGCAGCUUACCACGGUUGGUCAGCACCAGGCCCACAUAGAUGACAUUACCCUACCUCCGACAGACACAUUCGAACCUCUUGGUUUUGACGUUAAUUAUGACAUUGGCCCUUCAGACGGGAUCGGUUCUCAAGAUUUUGAAAUCGACCUCGGUCUCGACUUUGGUGAUGGGCCUAAUCAACAAGGGGAGGAAAAUCAAGAUUCCAUGAGCGUCGACGGUAGCGUUGGUGUUGGGCGAGAUGCCGACCCCUUCCGUAAUUCCAUAGGUGCCGAAUUUAUGGAGGAAGCUGGUGGCAUGGGCCUGGAUUGGUUGUCAAAUAGGAGUAAAAGUCGGGGUCCCUCGGAGCAUGAGUUCGGCGCAGAUAUGGAAGUAGAUAUGCCUCUUGAUGGAUUGGAUCUGGGCGAUUUUGGCGUUGGGUUUGACGAGGUUCCGGUCGAAGGCCUCCUUGCUCUUCCCGCCGAUGGGGAGAAGACUCCUGGUCAAACUAGGUCGCCUUCCCGUGCUUCCUCUCCACUUUCCGAUGUCCCACCAACUCCGCCCCCAGUUGAGAUUGGGCUGCCGGUGGAGGAGACACCAAAAAAUUCCAAGCUCCAGAAGAAAUUAAAAGAAAAGAAGCAAGUGAUUGAUUCUGUUACUGAAUUGCAAGACGGGGGACCAGGUGCGAAAGCAGGUCGACGUAGAGGCGGCUUGGGUAAUCAGCAGGACAAAGACCUAAGCGAUAUUUUGACUGAACCCCACUUUCUUCCUCGAUCUACUGUCGUUAUCAGACUGAUGGAUAUUCAUAAUGACCCACUCUCACACUUCUUACCCACCAAAAUCACCCCGAACGGAACUUUUUUGUGUGGUGCUCCACCCGGUUUAGCACCUGAACUUUCUGAGCUUUUCAUGCGUCCGGUCAGCGGCUCGGCUAAGCGCAGAGGAGUCUCGCCAGACAAGGGUCCGAACAAGAGACCGCGUCUGGAGGAGGGCGUAAACGAAAAUGAAGAUGUGGAAAUUGGGAGACGUGCAGGUAGCCUUGCACCCAGUGUUGCAAUGGGCAGUGAUGUUCUCGGACGGGCAAGUGUUGGACCUGCAGGCGCUCUGGAGUUUCCUGAUCAGUCGAUGGGAAUCGAGGAUUUUCAGUUAACCGUACCAGAAUUCGGGGACGCCGGAAUUGAUCUAGUAGUGGAUGAGGAUCGAGCACGGUCGAAGUCGGUUGCUCCGUCAGCACUGAGCAGAUUGUCCACGCCUGGCCCCGAAACCGCUCUAAUGGAGGAGGGAGAAGAAUCUUAUGCUGACGCAUCGUGCCACAUCGCUGUAUUCGAUUCUCGCCCACUGAAUCAGACGCAGAGUACUCAAGAAGAGGAUGCCGUAGACACCGAAGGCAAAGGUUAUAGUAAGAACACGGUGAAGGCUCUCUCGAUUAUCCGAAGGGAACUCCGACCAGUGGAUGGUGAAGAUGAGGGAAAAUACCUUAGUUUUGAGAAAAUGGCAAGCAAGGCUUCGCGCCGUGCGGCUGCAUCAUUCUUCUUCGAGUUGUUGGUGCUCAGCACUCGGGAUUGUAUCAGAGUUUCUCAAGAUGCCCCGUUCGAAAACAUUGAAGUGCGCUCCAAAGAGAAGCUCUGGGAACAACAGCAUCAACAUCGAGGCACCUCUGUUGCUCCUUCGCGGCUUCCGUCAGUUGCACCAACCGGUUCUCGUGUAACUUCUGUAGCAAGAUCUACUGGGUCCAGUCCAGGUUUAUAA